UUGUCAUUUUGAAUUUGAUUGACGUGACGGGUGUGUGUUGAUCUUUUGCUGAAAUACAUGUAUUUAAUUGAAAAAUAUUAGUGGAGUAUUAUAUUUUGUUUUAAAAUGACAAGACAUGCAAGAAAUUGUACUGCUGGUGCUGUGUAUACUUAUCAUGAGAAGAAGAAAGACGCGGCUGCGUCUGGUUAUGGAACUCAAAACGAAAGAGUUGGCAAAGAUUCUGUGAAAAGCUUCGACUGCUGCAGCCUCACUUUACAGCCUUGUAGAAACCCUGUAGUCACAAAAGAAGGAUAUUUAUUCGAUAAAGAAGCUAUAUUAGAGUAUGUCAUCUCCAAAAAGACCGAAUACAAUCGUAAAUUGAAGCAAUAUGAAAAGCAGUUGAAGAAGGAAGAGGCGGAGAAAGCAGAGUUGGCAGCUGCUGAAAAGGAGGCAAAUCUGAUUAAAUUUAUGAACAGGGAAAAGAAUAUUACUAAUACAAAUAAAGGUUCGGAAAGUGGACCAUCAACAUCUAAUUCAGUUUCGAAUUUGGCAAAUGGUAAAGACAAGGCACUUCCUAGUUUUUGGGUACCGUCACAGUUGCCAGACGCUAAAAUAUCAAAAGUCGAAAAGCCUGAUCCUACUGUGUACUGUCCUAUAAGUGGAAAGCCCUUGAAGAUGAAGGAUCUCAUUGAAGUCAAAUGGACCCUGGUAAAAGAUCCAGAUGACAAAAAGUCACUGAUUGCAAAAGAAAAUAGAUACAUGUGCCCUGUAACACAUGAUAUUUUGGGUAAUGCUGUACCCUGUGCUGUCAUCAGGACAUCCGGCCAUGUAGUCACAAUGGAGUGUGUUGAAAAGAUAAUCAAGAAGGACUGGCUACACCCGCUUACCGGAGACAAGCUGAAGGAAAAAGACAUUAUUCUUUUGCAGAGAGGAGGCACUGGGUAUGCCCUCACUAAUCAGAAUUUAGAGGGAAAACAUGAGAGGCCUGUUUUGCAAGCUUAAUGUAAAACUAUGUGUGUAAAAUAUGAUAUUUCGUUUUCCUAAGUAAUAAAGGCUUCAAACUUUGCCCUAAACGUCAUGACACCUUUAAUGGUAAUCACAAUUAUUUUUUCUGCUAAAAACUUUCUUCAAUAAUGUUAUUGUAUUUUAUAUCUUAAAGACUAUUACAGCAAUAAAAAAGAAAAAUGCAAGCUUUAAUUUAUUAUAGAUGUAUUCAGGUUCAAGGUUCAGUUUUGAAAUAGUCUUAUUAAAAAAAAAAAAACAAAAUAAUAUACUUAUAAUGUUCUAUAUUUUGUUCUAAUUAAAAAUAGUUAUUAAAAUUACUUCUACUUAGUUAAUAUAUAAUUUUUAUACUUAAUCUAAUUGUACUACUAUGAAUUAUGAAAAGAAAAUAAAUCUAGUUGAAAGUCGAUGUUAGUAUUUCUAAUAUCAGUCUCAGGGUAUGAGAGGCAAUCAUUGCUCAACGACUCCAAAAAGUUCAAUACUGAAUGUCCUUGAUUUAGCAAUUGAGUAUCACUGUCAUUAUCUAAAUCAUGAUUUAGGUCAUUGCUUACUGGUAACUUAUCUACUGUAUCCUUGACAUGUAUUAAUGAUGGCUCGAUUAAACCAUUUGAUUUCAUAAAA